CGUUGCAGAAAAAAAAAAAAAAAGAAAAGAAAAAAGAAAAAAUUCUGACUAGGUAGCUUUGGGCCUUUUCUGUGGUAGAGAAUCUCAAGGAAAAGCUUUCUGCAACCGAAGGGACAGCCGGGUAGUGUUACAUUUUUGGUCCCAAGGCCUCCCCGGGCUCACCGGAGUUUGGCCAACGGGAUGAGGGAAGGGCCUUAAGAGUUGAGGACCGUAGAGGAUAAAACCAUUAGUUUUCGGCUCUGGGCGUUUUGCAAGGCGUCGCAGGUCCUGUUUCCUACGUGGUUCUCUCCGACUUCUGGUUUAAACACCACCCCCGAACCAUUCCGACAAACCUUCGCAGCCCGCAGCCCCUCCUUGCAGCGUGUGGGAGCCGCCAGCGCGCCCAGCAGCUAGCCUGCCUUCCUCCAGAGCUGCCUAGCGCGUGCAGCAUCCCCACCCCCUGGCCUCCCUCCCCUCCUGCUGCUUUCACGCACUCGCAGUGAUUGUUUUUGCCCGCUCCCGCCGCCGCCGCCGCUGCGGCCGCCAGAGAACCAGCGGCGCUUGUGCAAACCGGGAAGAUGGCGGCCGGCGGCGGCGGAGGCAGCAGUAAGGCCUCCUCCUCGUCGGCCUCGUCCGCAGGGGCCCUGGAGUCCUCGUUGGAUCGAAAAUUCCAGUCGGUGACCAACACCAUGGAAUCCAUUCAAGGCUUGUCGUCCUGGUGUAUAGAGAACAAGAAACACCACAGUACGAUCGUCUACCAUUGGAUGAAGUGGCUCCGGAGAUCUACAUAUCCUCACCGUUUGAAUCUCUUUUAUCUUGCCAAUGAUGUCAUACAGAAUUGUAAAAGGAAAAAUGCAAUCAUAUUUCGUGAAUCAUUUGCUGAUGUGCUUCCUGAAGCAGCUGCUCUAGUGAAGGAUCCAUCUGUCUCUAAGUCUAUAGAACGAAUCUUUAAAAUCUGGGAAGAUCGAAAUGUGUACCCAGAAGACAUGAUUGUGGCAUUGAGAGAAGCCUUAAGUACCACUUUCAAAACUCAGAAGCAGCUGAAAGAAAAUCUGAACAAACAACCGAAUAAGCAGUGGAAGAAAUCACAAACAUCCACGAAUCCAAAAGCUGCUCUCAAAUCUAAGAUUGUUGCUGAGUUUCGAUCUCAGGCCCUCAUUGAAGAAUUGUUGAUGUACAAACGCUCAGAAGAUCAGAUAGAACUGAAGGAGAAACAGUUGUCAACUAUGAGAGUAGAUGUCUGCAGCACAGAAACUCUCAAAUGUUUAAAAGAUAAAACAGGUGGAAAGAAGUUCUCCAAAGAAUUUGAAGAAGCAAGUUCCAAGCUAGAGGAAUUUGUGAAUGGAUUAGAUAAACAGGUGAAAAAUGGGCCCUCACUAACAGAAGCAUUAGAGAAUGCUGGAAUUUUCUAUGAAGCACAGUACAAAGAAGUGAAAGUGGUAGCUAACGCUUACAAAACCUUCGCUAACCGAGUAAACAACUUAAAGAAGAAGUUGGAUCAAUUGAAGUCAACCCUUCCUGAUCCUGAGGAAUCACCAGUCCCCUCUCCAAGUAUGGAUGCUCCUUCCCCAACUGGUUCUGAGUCUCCAUUUCAGGGGAUGGGAGGUGAGGAAUCCCAGUCACCAACCAUGGAGAGUGACAAAUCUGCCACACCGGAGCCUGUAACAGAUAACCGUGAUGUGGAAGACAUGGAACUCUCAGAUGUGGAAGAUGAUGGAUCAAAAAUCAUUGUGGAGGACAGGAAAGAAAAACCUGUGGAAAAACCCGCCGUCUCCACUGGUGUGCCCACCAAAUCAACAGAAAGUGUCUCGAAAGCCUCACCGUGUGUCCCCCCAUCUGUGCCCACGCCCGCAGCUCCACCUCUCCCGAAGCCUCUGAACACUGCACUUCUGUCCCCUUCCCCAACUUUGGUUUUGCCAAACCUGGCCAAUGUGGAUCUGGCAAAGAUCAGUUCCAUCCUUAGCAGCCUAACAUCAGUCAUGAAAAAUACUGGGGUCAGUUCUGCAUCAAGACCUUCUCCAGGAACUCCUACCAGUCCCAGCAACCUCAGCAGUGGCUUGAAAACACCUGCACCUGCCACAACACCAUCUCACAACCCUCUGGCAAAUAUCCUGUCAAAGGUGGAGAUCACCCCAGAGAGCAUUCUCUCUGCUCUUUCUAAAACCCAGACACAGUCAGCCCCUGCACUCCAAGGCUUGUCAUCAUUACUUCAGAGUGUUACUGCAAACCCUGUGCCAGCCAGUGAAGCUACUUCCCAGAGCACUACAGCCUCCCCUGCCAGCACCACAAGCUCUGCCGUAAAAGGGAGAAAUCUGCUCUCCAGUACCCAGUCUUUUAUUUCCAAAAGCUUCAACUAUUCUCCUAGUUCUUCAACUUCUGAAGUCUCUUCGACUUCAGCAAGCAAGGCUUCAGUUGGGCAGAGCCCGGUGCUCCCAAGCACUACUUUUAAACUACCAUCCAGUUCUUUAGGGUUUACAGGGACCCACAAUACUAGCCCUGCUGCCCCACCAACUGAAGUUGCCAUGUGCCAAUCCUCAGAGGUCUCCAAGCCAAAGCCAGAAUCAGAGUCCACCUCUCCAAGCCUGGAAAUGAAGAUCCACAACUUCUUAAAAGGUAACCCUGGUUUCAGUGGCUUAAACUUAAACAUCCCAAUCCUCAGCAGCUUGGGAUCCAGUGCCCCAUCAGAGGGCCAGUCCUCGGAUUUCCAGCGUGGUCCUACUAGCACUUCAGUUGACAGCAUCGAUGGAACUCCUGUUCGGGAUGAACGGAGUGGGACACCCACCCAGGAUGAGAUGAUGGAUAAGCCCACAUCCAGCAGUGUAGAUACCAUGUCCCUGCUGUCUAAGAUCAUCAGCCCUGGUUCCUCAACACCCAGCAGUACAAGAUCGCCACCUCCUGGAAGAGAUGAAAGCUACCCCCAAGAGCUCCCCAAUUCUGUGUCUACAUAUCGAGCCUUUGGCCUGGGCAGUGACUCUCCCUACAAGCAGCCUUCUGGUGGAGUUGAGAGGCCAUCAUCACUGAUGGACUCCUCACAGGAAAAGCUCUUCCCAGAUACUUCCUUCCAGGAAGAUGAGGACUACCGAGAUUUUGAAUAUUCAGGGCCUCCACCAUCUGCCAUGAUGAAUCUAGAGAAGAAACCAGCCAAGUCAAUCCUGAAGUCAAGCAAGCUUUCUGAUGCCACUGAAUACCAGCCAAUCCUGUCUAGUUACAACCACAGGGCCCAAGAGUUUGGGGUCAAAUCUGCCUUCCCUCCAUCUGUAAGGGCCCUCCUGGACUCUAGUGAGAACUGUGACCGUCUUUCAUCUCCCCCUGGGCUAUUUGGUGCCUUCAGCAUAAGAGGGAAUGAACCUGGGUCUGAGCGGUCACCAUCACCAAGUAAAAAUGAUUCAUUUUUCACCCCUGACUCCAACCACAGUGGCUUGUCUCAGUCUACUGCUGGGCAUCUCACUUUGCCACAGACGCAGUACCCAGACUCUCCUCACCCAGUCCCACAUCGUUCCGUUUUCUCUUCACAGAGUACCCUUGCCGCUCCAGCGGGCCACCCACCCACAUCAGGCGUGGAAAAAGUCCUGGCCUCCACGAUUUCCACCACAUCAACAAUUGAGUUUAAGAAUAUGCUUAAAAACGCCUCACGAAAGCCCUCAGAUGAUAAGCAUUUUGGCCAGACCCCCAACAAGGGUACUUCAAGUGAUGGUGUUGGUCUGUCAAAUCUCACUCAGCCCAGCUUGCCCACCACUGACCAACAACAGGAAGAACACUAUCGAAUAGAAACUCGUGUUUCCUCCUCCUGUUUAGACUUGCCUGACAGCACAGAAGAAAAGGGGGCCCCUAUAGAAACUCUAGGUUAUCAUAACGCAGCUAAUAGGAGAAUGUCGGGGGAGCCAAUACAGACUGUAGAGUCUAUACGAGUUCCUGGGAAGGGAAAUAGAGGACAUGGGCGUGAGGUUUCAAGAGUAGGUUGGUUUGAUCUGAGCACACCAGGCAGCUCUUUUGACAAUGGUCCCUCAAGUGCCUCUGAGUUGGCAUCCCUUGGGGGUGGGGGCAGCGGAGGUCUCACUGGCUUUAAGACAACGCCGUACAAGGAACGGGCACCCCAGUUUCAGGAGAGUGUCACCAGCUUUCGUUCCAACAGUUUCAACUCAACAUUUGAGCAUCAUCUCCCCCCAUCCCCCUUGGAACAUGGGACACCCUUCCAGAGAGAGCCAGUGGGGCCAUCAUCUGCCCCACCUGCCCCUCCUAAGGAUCAUGGUGGUAUCUUCUCUCGAGAGGCACCCACUCAUCUGCCCUCUGUGGAUCUUUCGAACCCCUUUACAAAGGAGGCAUCUCUGGCCCAUGCUGGUCCACCACCACCUCCUGGAGAGCACAGCGGAGUUCCUUUCCCUCCACCACCCCCUCCUCCACCCCCUGGGGAACUUAGCAGUGGAGGGACUGGUGUCCCCUUUGCUACUCCACCCCCUCCUCCACCCCCUGUUGACCACUCUGGGGUUGUACCUUUCCCAACUCCACCACUGCCAGAGCAUGGAGUGACUGGGGCUGUGGCAGUUUUUCCCAAGGACCAUAGUUCCCUCCUUCAAGGGACCAUGGCUGAGCAUUUUGGGGUGCUCACAGGACCCAGGGACCUCAAUGGCCCCGGUCUUAGCCGUGCACGAGAGAGCCUGAGCCUGCCUUCCCACCCUCUGGAGCACCUGGGCCCAGCCCUUGGAGGAGGUGGGGGAGGCAACACCAGCAGCAGUGGCCUUCCCUUGGGUCCCGCACACAGAGACGCCAUCGGCCGGAGUGGUAUGAUUUUACGGAGUCCCCGGCCAGACUUUCGGCCUAGGGAAGCUUUUCUCGGCAGAGACCCAUUCCACAGUUUAAAGAGACCCAGGCCACCUUUUGUUAGAGGCCCUCCAUUCUUUGCACCAAAACGCCCAUUCUUCCCUCCCAGGUACUGAUGGAAAUGUGGGGAAGGCAUUUUGAACAGUCUAGAGAGCAUUGGAAGUAGCAGUUUGGUUUUUUGUUUUAAUUUGUUUUUCCUCUCUUAAUUUUUUUGCUUUGUUUUGUUUUGUUUUUUUUUUUUAAUGAAGGGCCUUCCUUCCAAAUUCAGAAAGCAUACAUGGUAACAAUUUGCUAUAAUCCAGUCUUCUCUCCACACUUAGGACCUUUCCCAAGUUGUUUGUAUUUUUUCUUUAAAAAAACACACACACACACACAUACACACAAGUAAACAUAACCAAAGCCACAAUAUUUGGCUGGGGGUUUGGGGAGUGGGGAGGAAAACGGUAUUUUAUCCCAUCUAUUGAGAGAUUACUUACAUUCGAAAUAAAACUUCGGUCAGUACAGGUAAUAAUGUGCAAUGUUGGGGUGUUAUUUGGGUCUUGGCCUUGCUGAUGGUCAGUAGGGGGAUCCCUGUCACCUUCCCUCUCCAGCUGAGCAACUUCUGUAACCCGAUUGGCUUCCCUCUGUAUUUUCUGCCCUGCAGAAGGCCAAGAGUGCUUGCAGAGGGAAUACAUGGGCAAUGUUGGGCCUGUCGGGUUUAUUUGCUUUAUUCUAAAGGUGUGUUGACACAGAGUGCUUUACUCUUUGCUUUUUUAAGCAGCCUCCUCUGAACUAUUACCAGGCAGUGAGUCUGAAGCCGUACAAACUUCAUUCUGUGUAGUAAAAAAUUUUCUCUUGCUGGGUGUGGUAGCACACACAACCCAGCACUGGGAGGCAGGGACAAGAGAAUGGCAAGUUUGAGGCCAGCUUGGGCUAUAUAGUAGAACUUUGUCUCAAAACGAAAAGUUACCUUGUUGAAAGAAAAAGCUGAAUAUAAUCAUUUCAAGGUUAAAAUGGGAAAUGAUCACAAUGUGUAAAGCUAGGGACAGGCCAUUCAGUGGUGCUAUGUGACCAACUGUCCUUUGUAAACGAGGAAAAGGGAAACAUUCUGAUGGUUCUACAUAUCUAUUCUAAGCCCUUGCCUCCUGCUUUCCCUUUUUCUCCCUCACUUAUUCUGACUAAAUUGAUAAUGUAGGUAAAAUGUUGUCCCUGCCUUCUUAAAUAUUUAAGUAGACACUUAUUUUACUAUGGUGCCUAACUGGUGGUUUUCAGCAAACAUAAUAACUAUUAGAGAAAGGAAAAUAUUUUGUCUUUAUAGUUUCUACCCUCACCCAAUCUCAGUCCUGUAUUCACCCCUGUUCUUGCUGUUUCAGAGGCGAUUGAGUGGUAUCCUUCCAUGAUACUGUGUAGGUGUGUCUUAGAGACAGGUGGGUAUUGCUGGCCGUGUCUUUACAGAGAAAGCAGCAUCCUGAUGAAUCUGUGUUAGCCCUCAGCAAAUAGCAACUUGGUGUUUUCAGUGCCCACUGAUCCCUCACCCUCAUGCCAGCUGCCAGUUGCCUGAGUCACUGCUGUGGAAGGGGCGCUUUCUCCCCUGCAUUAAAAGGCUUGUUUGUGUUUCCGCAUCUGAUACCUAAGGAAAAGACAAUCACUUGGAGUGCUUUUAUCUUUGUAUCUAGGAAGCAAAUACUGCACAUUAGAUUUUCUGCUAGUGUGUUGCACCAGGGUACAUGCUAAUAAUCUCCAGCUAGGUGUGUUGCACCAAUGUGUUGAGCUUUUGAAGGAAUUCCAAUAAGUUAACAUAGAACUAUAAGGAGGUAAAGGAGUGCUUUGGAUUCCUCAGUGGGAUAGCAGAUGGAGGGAAGUGCAGCAUGUGGUCGAGGACAAUCCUUGGUCUCAGAGCAAACCACUUUUUUUUCCCCCUAAGAAAGGCUGUCCAACACAGCCUGGGAGCUGUGCUCUGUGUGAGGGUGCAGCAAGACAUCCUCAGAAUUCACAUCUGUUUUGAGCCAGUUCUUUCCUUUCUCAAGCCUUUCUGCCCUGUAAUCUCCCCACAGAAAUGCAUGAUAUCAUGACCUCGUGUGUGGGGUUGGGUAUAUAGCAUAGCAAAGCAAGGGAGAUAUAGUUAGUUAUAUAUUGAGUCUUAAGAUAUUUGUUUAGUAAAAAGUAUCAAAGCGAAUGAGGGUGGGGGCAGGGAAAUUGUGACUUUCAGGACUGAUUUUUUUUUCCCCAGAAUUAAGUGGGGGUGUUUUUCAGUCUAGAAUAAAAGAGUAUGAAUUCUUUCUACCGCUCUUAUUUAAACUUAAAUAUACUGUUUACUUGAAAAGGCUCUCUGACCAUUUGAUUUUCUAAUAAAAAAAAAAACCAGGGAAGUAUCAGGAAAGUGUUUCUGGAAUGUUGAAGCAGGAUAACUGUCUUCAAGAGCGGAGUGACCACCAUAUGACAGGAGUGCUUGGUACAGUUUAAGGACGGACUUCCAGGGCUUGGGGUUUGUGGGAUAUUUUUUGUUUUGUUUUUGCCACAAGAUCUUCAGUGUGUUUGUUUCAGGGUGGAAGUGGGGGGUUGUAUGAAGCUGUUAGAUAUUUUAAGGAAAUCUUCCUACAACAGUAAAUGAAGACAACUGUAUAUAUGUGAUAUAGUGAAACAAAAGACAUUUCUGGUAUUCAUAAAGAUAAAGCAAGGAUUUUAUUCUUCCUGUGUCUGUGAUUUAAACUCGGUACCAUACUCUGACUUUUGUAUUUCACCCUGAGUUUAAAAAUAAAUAAAUAAACAAGCUAUUUUUUAAAGAAUGCACAACAUAGUUUGUCUUAGCAAGGAAGGACAUGAGUCAUAUGAAGCAGAAUGAGUAGUUGCCACUAAGGUCCUUGAUGCUCACUGUAAAAACAAAGAGUUCCAUGAAUACUCUAGUACCACGCAGAAUUCAGUGAUGCUAUGUCAAAUAGGAUCCUGAAUGGUUUCCUGAGAGCUGAUUCAGCUCAGAUGGGAGCUCCCUCCCUGCAACUCUCUGCCUUCCCAGGGUAAACAGAGCUUGGUUUGCCUCCUGCUUUCCUCUCUGAACCCAGAAGCAGUGUUUAUGAUCAGUGUGGUACAGCAAGCCCAUCUAGACCAUGGAAGUCGGCCCAGCUUUCUUACUGCAGAGUAUCCACUCAGUCCUAAUAUUACCUGUUGGUGGAGUUAGGCCUCAGCUGUUAGUUUUUGAAGCGGCUGUAAAUUACUGCUCCCCUCCCCCACCUUCAUAUUUUUAACUGGUGGGGUUACCUGUUAAGAUUUAAAAAAAAAAAAAAAGUAGAUAUGUUGGAUUGAUAUUCUCACGUGUUCAGUGUGGAAAACAAGUACAUGCUUUAGAGGCAACAACAGUGAAAUCCUUUUGGAAUGUGUAUUAAUAUCAUUUAAUAAAAUAACUAGUUCUAAA